UAUUGUAAGAAUGAGAAGUAUUGUUGAGUUGAUUGGAAUAACUGACAAAAUCAUACCAACGUUCCCUGGUGAAAAAUAUACAGAGGCGGACUUACACAAGUUUUUAAAAGGAUGUGAAAUUGCGUUGGAGAUAGAAAGACCCGAAGAGCAAGGAAACAUCCUGGAAUGUAUUAAAAGGAAACUGACUGGAGAAGCUUAUCUAGAAGUGAAGUAUGAGAAGUGUGUGACGUAUGGACAAAUAAAAAAGCUGCUGAUUUCGAAAUAUAAAAAACCAUACUCAUUCAAAGACUGUCAAAAAGAUCUAUGGAAUUGCAAACAGGCACAGAAUGAGAGCUUGGAAUGCUUUUUACUGAAAGUGCAAACUCUUUAUAGAUUGGGUUGUGAAGCAGUCGAAUCAGAAUACCAAAAUCAGCUUGAAAUUGAAUUCUACGACAAAAUGUUGGAGAAAGAAGCCGUUUAUGCAAUGAAAAUGGGUUUGUUGAGGACAGAUAUUACCGAGCACAUGGUUUUACACUGUAGACCAGCACCUGACAACAUCAAAGAUACGAUGAAACUUGCCCUGGAAUAUGAAAAAGAUUUUGCGGAAAUAAUACCAAAUGGGGUCAACGAAAAAGAACGGGCAGAAGCGGCGCCAAAUACAGUCAACUGGAAGAACAUGGGUCACACACAGGACUACUUGGAAGAAUUAUCGCGUUUGCGUCACGAUUUGAAGUCAAUGCUAGCUGAAAUAUACUCGUUGCGCAAUGGGAACAAAUUGAAUGUUGUUAAGGAAGGAUCGUGCGAAAGCGAGACUACACGUGAAACUAUGAAAAUCGCGAAAGAAUGCUAUAUUUGCAACGAAAAGGGGCAUGUUGCUAGAACAUGUCCGAGGAGACUUCUAUGUCGUCGCUGUGGGGGAGAGAAACACAACUUCAGAGGGUGCAAACGUAAAAUAACUGACGAUCAAAAAUUGUGAGUGACGGGCCUGAGCUUAUAUAAAUUGACUCGGAUGAAAAUGAAGGAAACAUUGACAAUCUUUGAACAACAUGGUCAAUCACUGACUUACACAGUCACAAACAUCGACAGUUUUAACCAUGGACAGUCACCAACACCGACAGUCAAUGGACAGUCACUAACAUCGACGGUCGUAACCAUGGACAGUCACUGUUUCGGCAGGCCUUGUAUAAACUGGAUGAGCGGGUAGACGAAACUGUUGCUCCUGAGACGGAUUGAAACGCACGAGAAAUGAGUCGAGACAACGAACACUAUGAAUAUUGCACCAAGACAGCCCUAGCGGAAUGAGCAAUGGCUGUUGGACGGACCUGGGUCGAACCGAUAAAUUGACAAGUUGAGGAUCGAAGACGACUGGAAGAGAGAGCAAGUAGUGAGACAAAACAAGAUACAGUUCAACAAAAUCGAGAGUCAUGGUUGGUCAAUUUGGUCGUUAGUCAUAACUCAUGGGCGCACAACGAUUCGUCCAAUUUGCAAAAAUUCGGGGAACAUACAGUCGGUGGUGAUACAGGGAAAUGGAAUCCUGAAAAUAACUGAAGCGUGCGAUGUGGUGGUGGGCGAAUCAAAAUUGAUGUUCCGGCGAAAAAUCGACACUCAGGAGAGACAGAUUGAGACAACACGCGUGAUCGAGGUGGCACCGAUACAACCACUAUGGGAUGAAAAAUGGUUGGCAGACAGAGAGAUGCCGCAGAGAAAGAUCGAUAAACUACGGGUAAGCUCGCAUGCGGACUUAUCUCGCUCUAUCAUUUCAGCCAUUCAUGAAACGGAACAGUUGGAAAACGAUUGGCGUGACGAAACGAUAAUCCGAGAACACCAGGGACAGUUUGACCAGAUCAAAAGCUACGGUUGGUCCAUUUGGUCGUUGAUGGCCUUUGUCUCAGUCCUUUUCAUUAUGGGGGCGGGUAUCGUAUGGUACAUACGAUGCCGAAGCACAAUAUUCCGGAGUGCCACGGAGGGAAUACAGCGGAUGCACGAAUUGGCACGAUCCAG